UCUUGGCUCAAACGUGUCUAUUCCAUCGUGACGAACGGAUUGCUAUCAUGAUCGUCAGUUCAUUAUUUUUCCUGAUGGCGAUGGUGAGCCCCGCAAUCGCUGUAUUACCUCCAUACAUUAAAGCAUGUAAGCGACGCGAUCCUGACAUAAAUAACUGCAUUACAAAGACCAUUGAUGAUCUGCGGGAGAAAUUGGCAGCAGGAAUACCUGAAUUGGAGGCACCAGCUAUCGAGCCACUCACCUUGAAGCAAAUUCGACUGCUACGAGGCCCUCAAGGUGCCCGAUUGGAUGUUAAUCUCACUAACAUUCAGGUACGAGGCCCGUCGAAAUUCAAAGUGCGUGACUUGAAAGCUAACACUGAAGAUGUGGAGUUUACAUUUACUGUAAGUUUUGAUGUACUGAAAUUCAGUGGAAAAUAUCAGAUUGAUGCUAGACUGCUGUUGUUGAGGCUCGCUGGUAGUGGUGAUCUUCAUGGAAAUUUCACUGGUUAUGAGUCAAGCGUAAUCCUGCGAGCAAAUAAAAUCAAGCGAGAUGGCAACAUCUACCUUAACUUCGAAAAAAUGAAGCUGAAUAUAAAAAUAGGCACAGCCCACAUAUAUCUCAAUAAUCUAUUCGGAGGUGAUCCAAUAUUAGGUCCAGCAAGUAACCAAGUGCUGAAUGCAAACAGCAAUUUAUUAAUCGACGAAUUGCGACCAGUUUUGGAAGAAGCUCUCUCUGAUUUAUUUACUGAAGUGGCCAACAAAGUUACUAGAUCAUUCACAUACAACGAAUUGUUUCCCCUCGAUUAAAUUUACAUUGAAUCAAUCAAUUGCUCAAUUAACCAAUUACAAUUUCAUUGGUAUAA